AUGGAUAAAAAGAUAAUGCGUAAAGGGCCGCUGCCUGGGGGUCGCCGGGGCGCGUCUGGUGCUGGCGCUGGACGCGGCAGCAUGCGGGCCGCCAGCCGAGUGCGAGGAGCUGCACGGUCACCUAGCAGCCCUCCGCAUCCAUCAUCCCCACCAGAAGGCUUGGUGUCGGCUGGGUCUUCUCGGACUCAGCAAGCGGCACCCGCCGCUGGUGGAGCACGUCGCAUGCGUUGGUCACAAGCAAUGAACGCAAACGCACUGCGGGCGUACUUUAUGGCAAAAGGGAAAGAAACUGGAUGUUUGGCGUAUCGGGCUAGGAUGCAUCGUCUUUUUGCUGAGCUGGAGCCAUCUUUAACCGUCACAGAGCAAAACCUGGCAGACCGAGUUCGGUAUAUCUUGCGCUCAAAUAUAUUUGAUGUCGCCGAACUCGAACGGCUACGACGUGAGGCUGUUCCCUCAUCGGAUGAAAAUGCUACGGCUGAGGAUGCGGCGCCACAAAUUGUAGAGCAACCCGCAAACGUGGAUGCCGCCGUGAAUACCCCAGUUGUGGUUGAUUCAAACGAUGAUGGAACAGUCGCCCAGGAACUGGAAUUAGAGUAUAUGAGGAGUACAUUGGAAGAGGCGACUGUGGAAACGCGCAGUACGCCUCUCGAAAAUCGACCGCGACUUCCCCGCAUAGCCCUAAGCAAGCGGAAUCGGGCUGUUGUGAGGGCUCUGAACCCAAUGCUGGUGACCUAUUUGGAAGCCAGCCGGGACCUUUGCGAGACGGACUCAAUUCUUUAUGGCGCCACGCUGGCAGUCUGCCGUAUCAUAGGCGCCAAGGUUUCCACGGCUGGACGCGCUACUGGCCAAGGGAGCGCUAUCCCAGUAUGGAGAAGAAGAAUUGAGGAACGUAUCGCAAAGGCUAGAGCUCUCAUCGGGAGACUGAUAUGCUUCAGAUCAGGCAAUAACAGGCCAUUGUGCGCACCGUCAGGAUGGCGUUUGCUGGGACAAAUGUCAGUUUGUCCCAGCCGGAUAUAA